AGCUAAUUACGUAGUCUCUGACCAAACUUCCUCCUUCAUACGGCGCAGUUUAUUUCCAACUAUCAUCUCGAUUUCCUUGGAAUUCCGUGUCAUAUUCGUUUUGUUUUUUUGACGUUAACGUUAUUUUGUAAUGAGUUUUUGUACCAAACGGUUUUCAUUUUAAAGUUAUCGAUAAAUUACUAAAAAAAUGGGCGACGGCCCCAGUAGAAGAAACACUCCGCGCAAAAGUACGUUAAGGACGAGAUCACGAAGCAUAAAAUACACCCACAAGAAUCCAUACAUCAAUUUUCUAAUCGAAUACAAAUCUCUACCAGAAAAUAAAUCGAAAAACGUAAGGGAAGUAUUCAAAUGUGCUGGAAGUAAAUGGAAGUUGUUAAGUGAUCGCGAAAAGUCCCCUUAUGUGAAGGCAGCUUUGGCGAUCCGCAAUAAAUUGAAUAGGGAUAAGAAACAUAGUGAACCAAAUAAAAGAGAACCACACGGAAAACAACCUAUGAAUGAACCUUUGAUGCCACCGAGAACCAAAGAACAAGCUUGUCCAAAAUGCGGAGAGAGACAUAGCGGAAAAUGCUACAGACGCCGGGAUGUGUGGAAAUUGAAAAAGACUGAAAGUUCAAAUUCGAGUAAAACUAGUGCUGUCUCAGAGGAAACAGAUAGUGUAACAACACCAUCAGGAGUUACAAAGACCAGAACUACAUUAUUCGAUUCCGUUUCGUCAGUAACUACAUUUUAAUAUUUAUUUUUGAAACAACA